GCGCGCGGGGCGGCGAUGGAGGUGGCGGGGCAGGACAGCGACUGGCGCAGCGCCGCCUUCCGGCAGAAGCUGGUCAGCCAGAUCGAUGACGUGAUGCGCAAAGCCGGCGUGGCCCACAGUAAGUCGAGCAAGGACAUGGAGAGCCACGUGUUCCUGAAGGCCAAGACCCGGGAGGAAUACCUUUCUCUGGUGGCCCGUCUUAUCAUCCAUUUCCGAGACAUCCAUAACAAGAAGUCUCAAGCUUCAGUUGCCGAUCCCAUGAACGCGCUGCAGAACCUAACGGGCCCCCCCGCAGCAGGAGCCGCUGGGAUUGGCAUGGCGACGCGUGGUCCAGGGCAGGCCCUAGGGGGGCUCGGGGGGCUUGGCGCCGUGGGCCAGGCAAUGACCCUGUCGGGGCAGCCGCCCCCUGGCACCUCCGGAAUGGCCCCUCACGGCUUGUCUGUUGUCUCCGCCGCCACCCAGCAAACCCAGCUGCAGCUGCAGCAGGUGGCUCAGCAGCAGCAGCAGCAGCAGCAGCAGCAGCAGUUCCAGCAGCAGGUGGUUUUGCAACAGCAGCAGCAACAGCAGCAGCAGCAGCAACAACAGCAACAGCAGCAACAACAGCAGCAGCAAUUCCAGGCCCAAAAUGCCAUCCAGCAGCAGUUUCAGGUGGCGGCGGCGGCGGCGGUGGCGGCCCAGCAGCAGCAGCUGCAGGCGGCCCAACAGCAGCACCUCAUGAAGCUGCACCAUCAGAACCAACAGCAGAUCCAGCAGCAACAGCAGCAGCAGCAGCAGCUCCAGCGCAUCGCUCAGUUUCAGCUGCAGCAGCAGCAGCAGCAGCAGGCGGCUCUGCAGGUGCAGCAACAACCGAUGCAACAGCAGCAGCAGCAGGCGGCUCUGCAGCAGCAGGCCCUGCAGCAGCAGCAGCAGCAGCCGCCGCCCCCGCCCUCCCAAGCAAUGCAGCAACAGCUGCAGCAGAUGCAUCAGCAGCAGCAGCAGCAGCAGCAGCAGCAGGCGGCUCAAGGCCAACAGCCGCAACUCCCCCCCCAGGCCCAGACCCAGCCACUGGUCAGUCCCGCCCAAGCCAUCUCCGGGCAGAUGCUGUUCACCAAACAGCAGAUCCAAGCCAUGCACGUCAGAGCUCAUAUAGUGCAGCAGCAGCAGCAGCAGGUGGCGGCGGCGGCGGCGGCCCAGGCAGCCCAAACUGCCCAGAUCGUAGCCUCCGGCGGACAGAUGAUCACCGCAGCCAUGGCCCGAGGCGGGAUGCAAAUCAGACCACGGUUCCCUCCCGCCACCGCGCCAUCCACCACCCCGCCGAGCACCAUCCCUUUGGGCGGACAGCAGAUGCCACAGGUCGGCCAGAACAGCAUGCCCAUGAUGUCGUCACCUUCCCCCGUCCAGCAAGCCCAGACCCCCCAGUCGAUGCCACCGCCGCCCCAGCCGUCCCCCCAGCCCGGGCAGCCGACCUCCCAGCCUAACUCCAACGUCAGCUCGGGCCCGGCCCCAUCUCCCAGCAGUUUCCUGCCCAGCCCCUCCCCGCAGCCGUCCCAGAGCCCGGCUGCAGCCCGCACCCCACAAAACUUCAGUGUCCCAUCGCCGGGACCUCUCAACACGCCAGUCAAUCCAAACUCGGUGAUGAGCCCGGCCAGCGCCAGCCAGUCCGAGGAGCAGCAGUAUUUGGAGAAACUCAAACAGCUGUCAAAGUACAUCGAACCACUGCGCCGAAUGAUCAACAAAAUCGACAAGAACGAAGACCGGAAGAAGGAUCUGAGCAAGAUGAAGAGCCUGCUGGACAUCCUGACGGACCCUUCCAAACGGUGCCCGUUGAAGACGCUACAGAAGUGUGAGAUCGCCCUGGAGAAACUGAAGAACGACAUGGCUGUCCCCACCCCACCUCCGCCGCCCGUGCCCCCAACCAAGCAGCAGUACCUGUGCCAGCCCCUUCUGGACGCAGUCCUGGCCAACAUCCGCUCCCCGGUCUUCAAUCACUCCCUGUACCGCACUUUUGUGCCCGCCAUGACCGCGAUCCACGGCCCCCCCAUCACCGCCCAGGUGAUCUCGCCACGGAAGCGGAAGUUGGAAGAGGACGAGCGGCAGACCAUCCCCAACGUCCUCCAGGGAGAAGUGGCGCGGCUAAACCCCAAAUUCCUGGUCAGCCUGGACCCCUCCCACUGCAGCAACAACGGCACCGUCCAUCUCAUCUGCAAACUGGAUGACCGGAACCUGCCGAGCGUCCCUCCCCUCGAGCUCAGCGUCCCGGCUGACUACCCAGACCAGAGUCCCCUCUGGAUAGACAAGCAGUGGCAGUACGACACCAACCCAUUCCUGCAGUCCGUGCACCGGUACAUGACCUCCAAGCUGCUGCAGCUGCCCGACAAGCAUUCGGUCACCGCCCUCCUCAACACCUGGGCCCAGAGCAUCCGGCAGGCCUGCCUGUCCGCCGCCUGACCCCCGCCCCGGCCGGCGGCCGGGCUCUCCCCCGGGGCCUCGCGCUGACCUGUCUUCUGGGAGCCCGGCUCUUUGGCGGGGCGGGUCUGUCUGGGGUGUAGACAUAGCGCUCCUGCUUUUUUCUCUUCUGCCCCCUGUCCAGAGCGCGGUGUAUAUUGGAUUUCCCGGGCGGGGGUAUCUGGAGGGCGGCCUCGUUGUUUUCGUAGAGAACUGACGCGUAGACGUCCGCGGGGAGUCGGAUCAGGUUGCGGGGGUGAGCAGGUCCAC